AAUUACAUAAAAAUUAAGACUUAAUAAAAGCUGUCUCUAGCUCUGACGUCUUUCCUGUCGAAGUCGCAGACUCGUCCUCUUCACAGCUCAGCUCACGCAAGAUUAUUGCUGCUUUGAAGAAGGGAUCACCGAUUCAUCUCCCUCUCUCUUGUUUCUAUCUGAGGAAUCUAUCAGAGAGAGAGGAUGCCGAUGAUCUCCAAAGCUUCAUCUACCUCCAAUUCAUCGAUACCUUCCUGUUCCAGGAUUGGAGGUCAGCUUUGUGUGUGGCCUAGUUGGAGACAUCUCUGCCUCAGGAAAAGCUUAUUAUACGGUGUUAUGUGGUUAUUCUCCAUGCCCCUCAAAACCCUCCGUGGAGCUAGAAAAACACUUAAGAUCACACACUUUUGUAGCAUCUCCAACAUGCCCUCUUCAUUAAAAAUCGAACUGGUGCCGUGUAGUAAGGACAACUACGCGUAUCUUUUGCACGAUGAAGACACAGGCACUGUUGGAGUCGUUGAUCCUUCUGAGGCUGCUCCUGUUAUAGAGGCGUUGAGUAGGAAGAAUUGGAACUUGACUUACAUUUUGAAUACUCAUCAUCAUGAUGACCAUGUAGGUGGCAAUGCUGAACUGAAAGCAAAGUAUGGCGCAAAGGUGAUUGGCUCAGCUCUGGAUAAGGAUAGGAUUCCUGGGAUUGACAUACAUCUGAAUGAUGGUGAUAAGUGGAUGUUUGCUGGACAUGAGGUUCGAGUACUUAGCACUCCUGGCAACACACAAGGCCAUAUCAGCUUCUACUUCCCAGGGUCAGCCACAAUAUUCACAGGAGACUUGUUAUAUAGCUUAUCAUGUGGUACCAUCUCAGAAGGUACCCCUGAACAGAUGCUUUCAUCACUACAAAAGAUCGUCUCAUUACCAGAUGAUACAAAUAUAUAUUGUGGUCGAGAAAACACAGCAGGCAAUCUCAAGUUUGCAUUAUCGGUAGAACCAAAGAAUGAAACUCUUCAGUCUUAUGCAACCCGAGUUGCUCAUCUUCGAAGCCAGGGACUCCCAUCGAUUCCAACGACUGUGAAGUUGGAGAAAGAGUGUAACCCAUUCCUCAGAACAUCAAGCAAAGACAUACGCAAAUCUUUAAGCAUUCCAGAGUCAGCAACUGAAGCUGAAGCACUGCGUCGUAUACAGAGAGCAAGAGAUCGUUUCUAGAACUUGGUAUCUUAUCUUAUUGUAUAGUCGGAAGUCAUCAGCAGCUGCAAAGAUCAAUGUAUUCUUACAUGUUUUUGGGGCUUUUCAGUUAUUAUUUGAGUUUGUAUUGAAAACAGAAAAAAAGAAAAUCUACAGUAUUUAGUUGGGAUCCAGUUUAUAAAAUUAUGAAUUUUCGCCAUA